CAUUCUCUCUCUCUCUCUCUCUCCUGGGACCUGGUUUCCCUUUUCUAGCAAAGAAACCCAGAAGAUUUCCCGUUCAAUUCAGUGUUACAUGCAUUACGAAACUCCAAUUUCAGCUCAAAUCAAUCUGCUUGCCGUCGUCUUCAAAUCUUCUUUCGAUCUGGCGAACAUCUACACUCUCCUUUGAGCAUACCAUUAUUAUUGAUUUGCUCAUUCUUCGUAAACCCCAGGACUCUACCUGUUUGAUUUUGAAAUAGAAAUCCAAGUUCAAGCAGAAUUUAAAGCUGGAUCACCUGAAGACGAUCGGUAGGGAGCUCGCAAUGGGCUCCCAAGGCGGUUUCGGCCAGUCAAAGGAGUUCCUCGACCUCGUAAAGUCGAUUGGCGAGGCUCGAUCCAAGGCUGAGGAAGAUAGAAUUGUCAUCCGUGAGAUCGAACUCCUUAAACGGCGGAUCGUCGAGCCUGAUACUCCUAAACGAAAGAUGAAGGAGUAUAUCAUCCGCUUGGUGUAUGUUGAAAUGCUCGGUCAUGACGCCUCUUUCGGAUAUAUUCAUGCUGUUAAGAUGACCCAUGAUGACAAUCUUUCUUUAAAGCGAACUGGAUACUUAGCAGUCACCCUAUUCCUCAACGAGGACCAUGAUCUGAUUAUAUUGAUCGUUAAUACCAUCCAAAAGGACCUGAAGUCGGACAAUUAUUUGGUAGUUUGUGCUGCAUUGAAUGCUGUUUGUAAGUUGAUCAAUGAGGAGACCAUACCUGCAGUGCUGCCUCAAGUGGUCGAGCUAUUGGGUCACCCCAAGGAGGCGGUUCGGAAGAAGGCAGUCAUGGCGCUUCAUCGAUUUAAUCAGCGAUCACCAUCUUCCGUGUCACAUCUCAUCUCUAAUUUCCGUAAGAGACUUUGCGACAAUGAUCCAGGAGUUAUGGGUGCCACCCUCUGCCCUCUUUUUGAUCUCAUCACAAUAAAUCCUGAUUCUUAUAAAGACUUAGUUGUCAGCUUUGUAAACAUACUUAAGCAAAUAGCAGAAAGAAGAUUACCAAAGGGCUACGACUAUCAUCAAAUGUCUGCUCCUUUCAUUCAGAUUAAGUUGCUGAAGAUUCUCGCUUUACUAGGCAAUGGGGACAAACAGGCAAGUGGACAGAUGUUUACUGUUGUUGGAGACAUAAUGAAAAAGUGUGAUACAACUAGUAAUAUUGGUAAUGCCAUUCUUUAUGAGGGGAUUUGUUGUGCUGCCGCAAUAUAUCCCAAUCCCAAAUUACUAGAGGCAGCUGCUGGUGCAAUUUCAAAGUUUUUGAAGAGUGAUAGCCACAAUCUAAGAUAUUUGGGUAUAGAUGCCCUUGGUCGGCUGAUAAAGACAAGUCCGGAGAUUGCUGAGCAACACCAGUUGGCUGUGAUAGACUGCCUUGAGGACCCAGACGAUACUCUGAAGCGUAAAACAUUCGAACUGUUAUACAAAAUGACCAAAUCAUCCAAUGUGGAAGUCAUUGCUGACCGGAUGAUCGAUUACAUGAUAAGCAUCAAUGACAGUCAUUAUAAGACUGAAAUAGCAUCAAGAUGUGUUGAGCUUGCAGAGCAAUUCGCACCAAGCAACCAAUGGUUUAUCCAGACUAUGAAUAGAGUCUUUGAGCAUGCUGGGGAUCUCGUGAAUGUAAAAGUAGCACACAACUUAAUGCGACUGAUAGCUGAGGGAUUUGGGGGGGAUGAUGAAACUGCGGACAAUCAGCUAAGAUCAUAUGCUGUAAACUCAUAUUUACGUAUUAUUGGUGAGCCAAAGCUUCCAACUGCAUUUCUUCAGGUUAUCUGCUGGGUCUUGGGGGAAUAUGGAACUGCAGAUGGCAAGUAUUCAGCUUCAUAUAUCAGCGGGAAACUAUGUGAUGUUGCUGAGGCAUACUCUAGCAAUGACACUGUAAAGGGAUAUGCAGUUACAGCACUGAUGAAACUGUAUGCAUUUGAGAUAGCUGCUGGAAGAAAAGUAGAUAUGCUUCCAGAGUGUCAAUCUUUGAUUGAGGAAUUGUCUGCAUCACACUCCACAGAUUCACAGCAACGCGCAUAUGAACUGCAAGCUGUUUUUGGCUUAGAUGCUCGUGCUGUUGAGAGUAUAUUGCCACUGGAUGCAAGUUGUGAAGACAUUGAGAUUGACAAAAGCCUUCCAUUUCUCAAUAGUUAUGUCCAACAAGCACUAGAAAAAGGGGCUCAUCCCUAUGUACCCGAAGAACUACGCUCUGCCGUUCUAAAUGUGGGACCUGUCGAGAACCGAGAGCAACACGAACCGUCACAUUCCCUCCGUUUUGAGGCGUAUGAGCUUCCAAUGCCAGUUCCAAGAAUGUUAUCAUCUUCCACUGAACUUGUCCCAGUACCGGAGCCUAUUUAUUCUAGAGAAGUUAACCAACACGACUCAACAGCUUAUCUGUCUGAGAGAGGAACAUCGUCUGAACUGAGGCUGAAACUUGAUGGUGUUCAAAAGAAGUGGGGUAAUAAGCCAAGUCACUCCCCUGCUGUUUCCAACUCAAAAUCUGAAGAACCAAGGACUACAAAUGGGACAAAACAGUCUUAUGAUACGUCAAAACGUACCACUUCAUAUGAAUCGGGAAAACAACAUUCGGAAAUAAUCCCCCCAGAAAAGCAGAGGCUUGCAGCUUCUCUCUUUGGCGGUGCUUCGAAAUCUGAGAAGAAACCUUCUUCUUCUUCUAGUGUCCAAAAUAAAGUCUCAAAGACAGUCAACCAAACGGUAUCUCUUCCAGAACCACAUGAUUUACUAGACCUGGGUGAGCCCUCCGUAACAACCACCAGUGCUCCGUCUGUGGAUCCUUUUAUGCAAUUAGAAGGGCUUCUUGGCCCUACACAGGAUUCGUCUACUCAGAGUUAUGGUUCUCUGUCUUCAGACAUGUCCACAUGCAGCAAUACGGUCGAAGAUUUUCUUUCUUCUGGUACCGAUUUGGCCAACACAGGUGGGUUGAUGUCAAGCACCGGACAAGUGACACAAUUGAGCAAAGGUCCAAAUCCGAAGAAUUCUGUACAAAAGGAUGCUUUGGUGAGACAGAUGGGAGUGACUCCGUCGACUCAGAAUCCCAACUUGUUCAAAGACUUGCUUGGAUGAACCGGGGAUGGUGUUCCAUAAAAAAUGUAUUCAUUACCAGGCUAUUCAGGUAAGGCUUUAGUUUGCUAGCUGCUCAAUAUGAGGAUGAAAGGGGGAUUGGAGGCUUUCAGGAUUAUGCGAUUUCUUUAGCACUCUAAUCAUUUGCUCUUGACCAUCGGUAUGUUUAUCUAAGUUGUGGCUUUGCCAUUUUGUUGUUAUUAUUGUUACACUGAGAAUCUCUUCUUUUUUUUCUCAUCUUUUUUAUGUUUAUGUUCAUAGAGGAGUUUACACCUGUUCUUAUGUUCAAUUGGUACUUAUGUUUAGUAAGUAGUACAUGGUUGUUUAUUCUC